UGCUACAGCAAGUCAGUGCACAGCGCUGGAGGAGCCAAAAGAACUAUUGCAUGAAACAAGAAAGGAGAGAAGAGACGCUGGUUAAUAAGUCAGUUUUUGCGACGCUUGCAAGUACCUUUGCAUAUCUGCAAAAGAGUCGCGACAACAACAUGAGUACAGAGCUGAGCAUGGGUCCGGAGCUACCCAGCAGCCCUCUGGCUCUGGAAUAUGUCAAUGAUUUUGACCUGAUGAAGUUUGACGUGAAGAAGGAAGGCCUGGCCGGGCUGGAGCGCAACGGGGUGCGCCAGUGUAACCGCCUCCAACCCCAAGGUUCUGUGUCGUCCACCCCCAUCAGUACACCCUGCAGCUCGGUGCCCUCUUCACCCAGCUUCAGCCCCACAGAGCAGAAAAACCACCUAGAGGAGCUGUACUGGAUGCCGAACAGCGGGUACCACCAGCAGAUAGACCCGCAAACGCUAAGCCUGACCCCAGAGGACGCGGUGGAGGCCCUGAUUGGAGCCACAGCUCACGGCCACCCUCCGCCUCCGCAUGUGCAACAGCAGCUGCAGCAGCAAGGCGCUUUCGAGGGCUACAGGGGCCCGCAUCACCACCACAGCCACCACGGCCACGGCCAGCAGCACCAUCACCCAUACGCGGGGGGCAUCCCACACCACGCCGACGAACUGUCCGGGCACCCGGGCGGACACAACCACCCACACAGCCAGCAUCACCAUCACCACAGCCAGGACCCUGACAGCCCGUCCCCGGUCUCCCCAGACUCCCAUCAGCCGCUCCAUCACCACCGCCACCACCAUCACCACCAUCCGCACGGCCACCUGAGCCAGUCGGCGGGGCACCACAGCUCCGGGGGCGGGCUCAACGUGGAGGACCGCUUCUCCGACGAGCAGCUGGUGUCCAUGUCGGUGAGGGAGCUCAACAGACACCUACGGGGCUUCACCAAGGACGAGGUCAUCCGCCUCAAGCAGAAGAGGAGGACCCUGAAGAACCGGGGCUACGCGCAGUCCUGCCGGUUCAAGCGGGUGCAGCAGAAGCACGUGCUGGAGAACGAGAAGACGCAGCUGAUGAACCAGGUGGAGCAGCUGAAGGCGGAGAUCAGCCGCCUGGCGCGGGAGAGGGACGCCUACAAACUCAAGUGUGAGAAACUGACGGGGUCGGGGGCCAGUAACGGGUUCCGCGAGGCUGGCUCGACCAGUGACAACCCUUCAUCACCAGAGUUUUUCAUAGAUGUUUUCUGCUGGGAGGGAAACAAGGAGAUAUUGAGGGCGAGGUUCAUGACACAGCUGAGGUGAGUGGAGGAGGAAAAGUGGCCUCGCAGCAGUUAAGGGUACUGGGACAGUGGAUGUUCAGUAUGGGCUGGUGCCCUCCACGGGGGAGCUGAGGAAGGACACCUCUCUACCCUGCAUUCUGCACCUGAGUCUGGCAGGCAGCCAUUCCCCGCGCUUCCCCGUUUCACCCUGCGCUAUCCCUCCGCUGCUCAACAGCACCUCAGCUUCCCUCAGUCGUCAGUCUCGGAGCUGUCAGCAGCGCCAUCAUUCACAGGCUGGGAUACACAGUCGAGCCAGGGAGGCCCACUUACUCUGUUUGCCUGAAUAAUACUGUAUUAUCAAGGAGAUUGGAUGGAUGAUUGCGAUUGCCUUUCAAUGAAUA